GCUCCCAAGACUCUCUGACCAUUGGCUCUGUAAUGUCUUCCACCGACGACCCUCAAUUUCCUAGCAUUAACGAGCAUAUCAUUGACCAAAUCUGAACACUGAAAUUCGAGCACUGGACCAUUCAUCACGGAUUCAUUUGCAUUGCACGAACACUCGAGGAUAUCAAUCUCUGUGUGAGGAGGUCGAAGCACAAAUGAUGUCAAAUGAUGAUCAGUCAGUGGGAGGCGCUGCAUAAGAAUUAUAUCGAGCUCCUGUGGAAGUUCAAAGAUAUUGCUGGAUUUGCACGGAGUACUGCCAUCGACUUUGUUAACAUUAUGAUCCCUCAGGUACUGAAAAACCCGAGUCUUAACAUAGAGCAAAAGAAAAAUACUUUACGUGACUACAUGAAUCAUCUCGAGGAAGUCAGAGGUGGAUCAAAAAGUCUUACUGACAGCUUUGCACAGUUGCAGAUAGGCGUUGACUUAUUCUGCGAGCAAUGGCGUCAUCUCGUUAAAAAGCCUCAUUUUGUUCACUGUAUCACUCAAACUCAGGAGUAUGGACAGCGUCUAGCUGAGCUUGAUGCUCAGCUGAAGCCACUUCAGUUCAAAAUCGCCGCCUUAAAGAUCACCUUAUGUAUAGUUACUGCUACUCGAACCUCGAUCUCUCUGAUAGAUAAUUCUAGUCUAUGUCGAGAAUCCGUGUGCGAUGCCUCUCAGUCUAGUCUGAAGAAGGCUUUUUCUCGAGCGGAGGAUGAAAUGGAAGAGCUUCAAUGACAGGCCGACGUACAAAGUACAGAGGACGUUAUUCGCGACAUCGCAGCUAAGCUUGGCGUGAUUGUCUCUGUGUGGACUGCUGUACGUCUCCUGCUUCCAAGUAUCGCUCUUUGCUCACUCGACGUAUCACCAUAGAUC